AUGUCUACACAUUCAAGAAAUUCAAACGAUGAUUCUGAAAAGACUGUUGUUUUCACCACCAAUUCAAAUGAUGCUACUAUAGAUGAUGAAAAAAUAUUAUUACAAAAAAUUGAUAUAAGAAUCCUUCCUUUAGUUACGAUUCUUUAUACUCUCAGCUUCUUAGAUAGGGUUAAUAUUGGAAACGCAAAACUUGCCCAUUUGGAACGUGAUCUUAAUUUAACUGGCAAUGAAUAUAAUUGUUUAUUUUUUGCUGGUGCUACAAUUGCUGGUGCAUUUAAUGGUCUUUUGGCAUUUUCAAUCACAAAUUUAAAUGGUAAACUUGGUUUGCAUGGUUGGCAAUGGCUAUUCGUUAUUGAUGGAGUGGUGACAGUCAUAGUUGCAUUUUUCUCUUAUUUUUUAAUCACGGAUUACGCGGAAACUGCUACUUGGCUGACAGAAGACGAGCGAAAAUUGGCCGUUGAUCGAUUACGAUUUGAUGCGGGGCAUACCCAUACAACUCAUUUCGAUAAACAUCAGAUUAUCCAAGCUUUUAAAGAUUUGUAUCAAUUAUUGGAUAUGCGUUACUCAUUGGACCUAGCGAUAGUAUUGCUUGUAAUGAAAUACAUUGGUAUUUGUAUUGUCGGAUUGGGUAUAUUUGCUGGUGACUCAAAACGUGCCGUAGGAUGUGCGAUGAUGGUAGCUUGUGGAAAUAUAGGUGGUGUAUUGAGUGCACAAAUAUAUAAAUCUAGUGAUGCUCCAAAUUAUAUAACUGGUCACGCUGUUGCAUUAUCACUUUUGAUUUUUGCCGUAAUUUUAUCUAUACUUCAAUAUUUCUUAUUAAAUAGAAUUAAUAAAUGUAAACUUCAAAAUCCUGAAAAAUUUUUAAAAGGAUCUAAUGAAAAUGAUGCUACUCAUUUAGGAGAUUUACAUCCUUCAUUCAUUUAUAGCUUGUAG